AAAAAAUAAUGUGCUAUAGUAUCAGAAACCUCUCUGUUAUGUUAUUUAAUAAGUUACGAAUUUUCACUCCUAAUUUAUUUUUCUUUCGGGAAAAGUUCUCGAACGCAGUGUUGAGGGGAGGAAAACAACAAUCUGUCAAACACCAUGAGGUGGAGUUUACUCCUAGCACUCGCCCUAAUAUAUGGGGCCCUGGUCCACGCCCUCCCGGUGAAGGAGAAGAAGGAAGAACAUAAGAAGGAGGAGGAAGAGAAAAAGGAAGCUGAAGAACAGGGAGAGGACUGGGAGCUGAACUUGGAGUAUGGUCGAUACCUUAAGGAGGUGGUGCAAGCUCUUGAGAGUGAUCCUUCCUUCAGGAAAAAACUAGAGACUGCCGAAGUGGAUGACAUUAAGUCUGGUAAGAUUGCCAGAGAACUCCACUUUGUCGACCACAAUGUGCGCACAAAGCUAGAUGAGUUGAAGCGCAGAGAGCUAGAGCGUCUUCGUCACCUGGCCAUCAAGAUGAAGUCCAGGGAACAUGAAAAAGAAACUGGUGUGGACCGGAACAUGCUGAAGAUUCCUGUCCACAUUGACCACCGAAAUCCAACACGGUUUGAAGUGGAGGACUUGAAGAAACUCAUUAUCAAGACCACAGCAGACUUGGAGAAGGUAGACCAACAGAGGCGAGAGGAAUUCAAGAAGUAUGAGAUGGAGAAAGAAUUUGAAAGGAAGCAGGAACUAGCGGGCAUGGAUGAUGAACACCGCAAGCAAGCAGAAGAGAAACACAAUGAAGAAAUCAAAAAGCAUGGAGAACAUGAAAAAUUGCACCACCCGGCCUCAAAACAGCAGUUGGAAGAGGUCUGGGAAGAGCAAGACCACAUGAGUAAGGAAGAGUUCAAACCCGAGAUUUUCUUCCAUCUGCAUGACUUGGAUGGCAAUGGCUACUGGGAUGAGAUGGAGGUGAAGGCCCUCUUCAAGAAGGAACUUGAUAAGAUGUAUGAUCCCAAUGCCCCCGAGGAUGACAUCAAUGAGCGUUACGAGGAGAUGGAGAGGAUGCGUGAACAUGUUUUCAAAGAGUCCGAUAUCAACAGGGAUAACCUGAUCAG